AUGAAACUAAUAUGGAGUUUAACAGAGAAAGAACUUGGAGAGGAUGAGUUGGUUUUUGAAUGGCGUCCAAAAGGGAAUUAUCUUGCUGUUGCUAGUUCGAAUAAUUCGGUAAAACUGUACGAUCGAAGUGGUCACUUAAUCGAUGAAUUAUUCCUACCUGGGCGGGUUGAAGCAUUAUCAUGGGAUCGAGAUGGUGAUAUGUUAGCUAUAAUGAAUGAUAAGGAUACAGCAGUAACAUUAUGGGAAUUUGCGUCGAAAACAGUGAACAAAUUGGAUAGUGGCAUGAGCGGAAAGGAAAAACCGACAUUUAUGCUAUGGUCUCAAAUUUCGCCAAUUUUGGCUAUCGGUUAUGAUACCGGAAAUUUGUUAUUUUAUAACCAGCGCACUUCACGCGUCAAUGAUAAUGUGCCCGUUUAA